AUGGAAGUCGAGCGAUUCGCUUCCGAUUCUGAGAACGUGGCGGUGGACGAUAACGAAAAGCCGGUUGUAGACGAAGGCGCCGGAGAUGCGGCGACUUCCCACUCGGAGCGUCUGCGACGCAAAAAUAAGAAGUACUGGCGCUCUAACAGCAAGGAGGGCCCGGUGAAUGCGACGGCUGUGACGCCGUUACCUAAGUACAGGAGCUGGAAAAACAGCCGUAGACCACGCAACGGGCAUGGAAGAGGCCUGCCGAAGAAAGGCGGUGCUGGCGGCAAAGGUGUCUGGGGUGUGCCCGGCUCUGAACUGCUCGAGGAGUACGUGGAAGACGCUAAUGACCCCAACUAUGAUUCUGAAGCCAUCACCAAUGGAGACGUCGAGUUCAAGCAGAUCAUCGUUGACGCUGAACCCGAAGAAGUUGUUCGUAAAUCUGAGCCGGUUAUCUUGGAGUACUUUGAACAUGGAGACACAAAUGCUGCCGCAGAAGACUUCUUGGAAUUCGUCACCGCUAACAGAAGUCAUUUGGUUUGCGAGACAAUCGUGGAGAUAGCAUUGGACCAUAAACCGUCUCACUGCGAAAUGGCAUCGUUCCUGAUCUCAGAUCUCUAUGGAAGAGUCUUCUCCGCAAAGGAUAUCGGCAUCGCAUUUGAUCGUCUCCUGGAGAAGCUACCGGACCUGAUCCUGGAUACUCCUGACGCGCCAGUGCUACUGUCCAACUUCAUAGCUCGCUGUGUCGCUGACGAUUGUCUACCACCGCGCUUCGUGCAGUCAGCCAAGGACCGACCCGACCUAAAUACUCAGGCUAAACAAGCUAUACAUAGGGCUGAAACGUUGCUAUCCAUGAAACAAGGCAUGGUGCGACUGGACAACAUAUGGGGCGUUGGAGGUGGCAUCAGACCGGUGAAGUCCCUGAUCCGUCAGAUCCAGUUACUACUGAAGGAGUACCUGACGUCGAGUGACCUCGCUGAAGCCAUGAGAUGUGUCAGAGAGCUGGAAGUACCACAUUUCCACCAUGAAUUAGUUUAUGAGACCGUCCUCCUGGCAGUGGAAGCGAUAAACUCGAGUGUGGAGGACCAACUCUGUUCGUUCCUCGCUGAGCUGCACAGGUGUGUCAUAGUCAGCCCCGACCAGAUGGACAGGGGUUUCCUCCGCGUGCUGGAGGAUAUGUCGGACAUAGUGCUGGACGUGCCGCUAGCGUACAUCAUGUUGGAUCGGUUCAUGGAGAAGUGUCAGCAGAAGUUCCGGCUCGGAGACGACGUGCUGAAACGGGUGCCCACCAGGGGCCGCAAACGUUUUGUCUCCGAGGGCGACGGCGGCAUCAUCAAAGACCACGCUUUGAAACUUCGCGAGUAG